AAAAAAAACUAUCAUCUAGCAUUCAAUAACUCUUCGUAAAAACUAAAAAAUCCCUAUUUCUUUGUAGAUUUCAAGUCUCUUUUGGGAAGAUGGCAGGAAGAGGAAAGGCUUUGGGGUCCGGAGCAGCAAAGAAAGCAACCUCGAGAAGUAGCAAGGCGGGUUUGCAGUUCCCUGUGGGACGUAUUGCUCGGUUCCUGAAGACUGGGAAAUACGCCGAACGUGUUGGUGCUGGUGCUCCUGUCUACCUCUCUGCUGUUCUUGAGUAUCUUGCUGCUGAGGUGUUAGAACUGGCUGGGAAUGCAGCAAGAGACAACAAGAAGACUAGGAUAGUCCCGAGGCACAUUCAGUUGGCAGUGAGGAACGAUGAGGAGCUGAGCAGGCUGCUUGGCCAAGUCACAAUUGCUAAUGGUGGUGUCUUGCCUAAUAUUCACAACACUUUGUUACCGAAAAGGGUUUCUAAAGGUCCAGUUGAUGAUGAAUGAGAGACGAAGCAGAAUUGGCUUUGUCCAUUGUGAAGUUACAAAGAGAAGCCCUUUUAGGCAAAUACUGAGAAGAAUUUAGGUUGCAGUAGUAGGAUUAAUUAGGUUUUAUUUGCCCCUCAUUUUCCCCCCUUUUAUUGAAUUGAUCUUGAUUUGAUGUAGUUCUAGUUUGUUGAUUUCUUAAAUGAAAUGUGCUGCUUCUUCUGCCC